CCAAGAUGGCGGCGGUCGCGCAUGCACGGGGUCCCCCCAGCCCCCCCCGCAGGGCCCAGGUGAGGCCCCAGGUGAGGGCGAGGAUGAAGGUGAAGGUGAAGAUGAAGGCCCAGGUGAAGGCUCAGGCCCAGGCUCAGGUGAGGCCCCAGGUGAGCAGGGGGGCGGGGCCUCACCUGCCGGCGCUGCCCCCCGAGAUCGUCCUGAGGAUCUUCAUGGCGGCCGUGGAGGGCGAGGGGGCGGUGCCCUUCCUGUGCAGGGUUUCCCGCGUUUGCCGCCUGUGGCGUGACCUGGCCGCCGACCCCCGGCUGUGGCUGCGGGUGCACCUGGGGGGGUCUCACCUGGGGGGGUCUCACCUGCGGAGGUCUCACCUGUGCGGCCCCGCCCGGCGCCGCCCCCCCGAGCAGGUGCUGAGCCCCCUGCUGCGAUUGGCCGAGAGCAGGUUCUCGCUGCUGCAGGAGUUCGUGCUCACUGAUUGGAGCAACCACGUGGGAGCCGUGCUGCAGGCCCUGAGCAAGUUCUGUCCCCACCUGCGGCACCUGGAGCUGCGGCGCUGCCAGGUGGAGCCGUCGGCGCUGGGGGCGUUCCUGGCCGCCCCUCCCCCCCUGCAGCGCCUGCGCCUGAGCUGCCCCCGCCUGCGGCCGGUGCUGCCCGCCCUGGCCGCCGGGCCGUGCCCGGGGCUGCGGCUGCUGGAGCUGGAGCAGAGCCCGGGGGGGCCGGGACCCCCAAACCCGCUGCCCCUGGAGCGGCUGCAGGCGGCGCUGCCCCUGCUCGAGGUGCUCCGCUUGGGCGGGGCCCUUUGGGAGCCCCAGCGCUGCCCCUCCCCCACCCUGCCCCGCGCCGCCCCUCCCCCCUCGUUCCCCCGGCUCCGCCAAUUGGCGCUGGGGGCGGGGCCGGGGGCGGGGCCGGGGCAGGUGGGGGAGGGGCUCCUGCGGCGCCUCCUGCGCGGGACCCCCGGGCUGAGGGGGCUGCAGGUGAGGGGGGGGCACCAGGUGAGCCCCCGGGAGCUGCUGGAGCUGCCGUGCACAGAGCUGGAGGUGCUGUCCCUGCCCGUGUCCCCGGGCUGUCCCUCGGUGUCGCCGCGCGCGGGGGGCGUGGCCUGGCGGCACGUGACCCGCCGGUGGCACCGGACGCUGCUGGAGCUGGACCUGAGCGGGCGCCGCGACCCCGACCUGGGGGCGGCCCUGGCCGAGUUCGGGCCCCGCGACCCCCUCAGGGUGCUGCGGGUGGCGGGGACAGCGGUGACAGCGCGCGACCUCAGCCCGCUGCUGGCGUGUCCCCAGCUGUCGCUGCUGGACGUGUCCUCGUGUCGCCGCCUGCCCCGCGGCACCAAGCGGCCGCACCGGGGCCGGGGGGCGGUGCUGGCGCUGCUGCGCGCGCUGGGGGCCGGGGGCGACCCCCGGGGGGCGACCCCCGAAAUGGGGACACCCCCAAAUGGGACAUCCCUGGAGAUGGGGACAUCCCCCAAAGUGACACCCCCCGAAUUGGGGACACCCCCCGAAAUGGGGACACCCCCAAAUGGGACAUCGCUGGAGAUGGGGACACCCCCAAAUUUAUGA